UUAAACUUAGAAGAACUCCUCGAGAUUCUGUAAAUAAUCAAUGUAAGUGUUUGACAGCUUUGGUUUACUCCCUCCCUCCAGCCUGCUAUGGCAUCGUAUCCGUUCCCACUGGCCAAUGGUUCUGCUGCCGCUGUGAAGCAAAGGAGUCACCACUCAGAGCCCGCUGCGAGCUGUGCCCCAGCAAAGAUGGUGCCCUCAAGAGAACUGACUCAGGGGGUUGGGCCCAUGUCGUUUGUGCACUUUACAUCCCUGAAGUGCGGUUUGGUAACGUCACCACCAUGGAGCCUAUUGUGCUGCAGCUCAUACCCCAGGACCGCUUCAAUAAGUUGUGCUACAUUUGUGAGGAAGCUAACCGCACAACACGGGCAAGUGUGGGCGCGUGCAUGCAGUGCAACAAGGGCGGCUGCAAGCAUUACUUCCAUGUGACCUGCGCUCAGGAGCGCGGUUACCUCUGUGAGGAGGCUGGCAACUAUCUCGACAACGUCAAGUACUGCGGAUAUUGUGGCUACCAUUUUGAGAAACUGAAGGAAGAUGGCAAGAAAGGAACAAAUGUGAAGACCAUUCCUCCCUACCGACCUCCUCCGCACCCCAACAACAAACUCCCUGGUGACGGGGAGCGUUCUGUCCCCCCUCACCCCCCCACAGCCACAGCACUGAGUGGUAGCAGCAGCAGUGGUCACGGCAGCCACAGCAGCAGCGGUCAUGGCACUCACAGCAGCAGCGGUCACAGUAGCCACAGCAGCGGUAGCAGCAGUUUGCGUACAGGCGUGUCAAGCAGCAGUUCCAGCGGUCGCAGCAGAGUACGCAGCGAGGUGAGCAGCAACAAAAGUGGCAGCAGCUCAUUGAGCAGCAGCAGCAGGAGGCGGAGUGUGCCGCGGCCUGUGUUGCAUGCCAGCACACGUACGACCGUCACCACCGCGCCCAACAUCACUACUGCCUCAGCCGCCACCACCGCCACCACAUCCACCAUAUCCACCACCACCAGCACCACCACAUCUCCAUUUCUGGACAAAGUGCGUCAGCCGAGCGUUGUAAUAUCGAGCAGAGUUACGCUGAGCUCAGGCACCCCUACCUCGCCCUCCACUGCCGGCACUACAACGCCCUCCCUCCACUCCACCAGUGCCGUGAUCUCCACGUCAUCGUCGGCUCUCUCUAAAGCGUCUGCUGCUACGACCUCCAAGGCGUCUUCACCGUCUGGGGUCGUGACUUCUUCCACGUCAAGCAACUGCAAAACAACCUCCGCUGUCACCACAAACUCUGUUUGCGUCACCACACUCCCCUCCCCGCCUGUUACCGCCACCACCACCACCACAUCCACCACCACCAAGCCUGACUCGCCUGCAGGCAAGUCUUCUAGUCACAGCUUCGUCUUGAAGCGCUCGAAUUUCUCCUCAACCACCGCCGUAGUCUCGUCUGCUGCCAGCGCAAGCUCCUGCUCAACGGCUCCUAGCUUCCUCGCGACCACUUCAACAUCUGCCACGGUCACUACGACGUCCCCCACGGUCUCUACAGCGUCUAGCACGGGCUCUGCAACGUCCUGCACGGGCUCCACGACGACCACGUCCGUCACGUCGUGUGUGGUGGCCAGCAUCUCGUCCGUCACACACACGACGGGCGCCUCAGCUGAACCUAAGGACGCAGAAGCCUCCGCUGCCACGGAAGCCGCGCCUGCAUCAGCGUCUGCAGCGCUCGCCCACUCCGCUUCUCAUAAGUCCUGCCCCUCGGUGUUGCCUUCCGUCACCACAAAAGACGACAGCACAACAUCCUCCACAACUCACACCACAACCACCGCUGCCGCCAGCACUAAAGGCAGCAGUUGUGCCACUGCGACAAGUAGCAGCAGCACCACCACCACCACAAGUAGCAACGCCACCACCACCACCACCACCACCAGCACCAGCAGUAGUUGUAUGUUGAGCGUGACAAGCCUUCGUCGCACGACUGGAGGCCGCUGCAGCAGCUCCAGUGACGACGCAGCCUCGUCGUCCAGCAGCUCCGACAACCUCGUACUGAACAUCUGCCAGGAGAAGAACCUGUCAGUUAUUUCUGAUCCAAGCUGCCCUGACACCAAGCCUAGUGUGGCCAAGAUCAAGCUGCAGACAGUCAAGGAAGACGCCGUGCCUACUAAGAAGGAGGAAGAGGAGGAGCAAAAGAUGGACGUUGAUGAUGAAGCGAAUGAGUUUAAGUUGAAGGUCUCCUACACGGCGAACAUGUCGGCCGCUCCCCUACACAAGAGUGACCCCUUCUCCCCCACACCCGCGGACUUUGCUGUGGUCACGGCGCAUGUUGACCCACUUCCUGUCAACAACAAGCGUGGCAGAUCUAGCAGCAACGACCGCGGCAGCAGACGCGCCAAGCGCGGGAGUCGGGACGGUGGCGGUAAGCGCGGCCGAUGGUCGGGCAGCGGUCGCUCGCACGACCCUGACCAGACGCCGCCCUCCUCCCCAGACUCCGACCAUCUCGUCACGCCCAAGAGGGGACGUAAACGCGCUGCUGCUGUCGCCGCUGCUCUCGAACUUAAAGAGUCGCCGCCCUCCACCCCGACCAUGCCCACACCGCCGGCCCUUGGUCUGGGAGCCUCGACCAACGGACCUGCAACUGUCAGUACAGCAGGUGCUGCAGUCAGCGCUAACACCCUCCUGUUAGGCAACCAAAUCAACCCUGCCAGUGCUGUGGCCCAGAAGAUGACGGACACGCUCCACGCUGAGCUGCAGGCGCACAGCGUCUACAAGCAAGAGGACGAGGAGCGUGUGGCGGCACCUUUGGUGGGUCCUGCACUGCCUGGCAAGAAGCAGGGCGCUGCUGUGGGUGGCGGCAGCAGCAACGGUGUGGCGCAGCCUCCCCCGUUCCCCCAGUCGCUGGAGCAGCUGCUGGAGCGUCAGUGGGAACAGGGCAGCCAGUUCCUCAUGGAGCAAGCGCAGCACUUUGACAUCGCGUCGCUGCUGUCGUGCCUGCAUCAGCUGCGUCAGGAGAACUGCCGUCUGGAGGAGAGCGUGACGGCGCUGUCAGCGCGACGGGACCACCUGCUGGCUGUCAACGCCCGUCUCUCCGUCCCUCUGGGGCCCUCAGCAUCGCCCACGUCCAUGGGCGACAGCCCAACCGCCCCCGCCUCUCAUGGCGCCCAGCACCCAAGCUCGUCGCUCAACGCUUCUCCAGUGAGCGGCGGCGGCAGCGGCGGGCCGGCAUCGCUCUCAUCACCGGUAACGAGUGCACCACUCCACCUGCAUCACUCCCUCCUUCACAACUCCACCACUCCAUCAUCUGCUCCACCAUCUGCUGCUCCUGUCGUGUCUUCCCACCAUCACCACCACCCACCUCAGCACCUGAUGAGUGGUGGACCGCCGUCAGCACACAUGGCGGCCUCCCACCACACCCCGCCAGGUGGCGGGCAGCAGAACAUUCCGCUGGGGGCCCGCCAGCAGCAACAGCCCCAAGCGCGUCACCCCUCGGGUGGUGGGGGUGUGGGGCCCCUGCACCAUCGCGUGGUGUCGCCCCACGACCGUCGCACCAUCGCCUACUCCCCUCACGAGAACGGCGGGCUUGAGGGCCAGGCCGAGUAUGGCGGGGGAGGAGGCGCCAGUAAAGGGGGAGUUUACCAUCGCGCUGCUGUGGGAGUCUCGUCACAGCCUCACUCUCCUUCCAUGAUGCCUCCACACCAGCCUCCCCCGCCUCAACAUCAGAGACACUCCCCGGCGGGCAGCGCGUACCACAGCUCGCUGAGCCCCUCCUCCUCCCAAGCUCCCCCGCACUCCAUGGUGCACCCCGGACCUCCCCACAACUCCUCCCCAGCCAUGAGCUCCAGUCGCCUCGUGGGGGCCGCUGUGCAACAACCUCCAUCUGGGGGCGUCUACCAGAUGGUUUCACCACCCACGUCCCACCACGCGCCACCACCUCACCAUCAGACCCAGGUGGUGCGCCGUGGCGCUGCUGACGCCAUCGAGAAGAGAUGACACAGAGAGCCUGCCACCAUCUGGCCGUCUAUAACGCGGCCUCCUGGCCGCCUAUAAUGCGGCCACCAUGUCACCACCAGCGUCAACAUCACCACAUGGCCGCCUAUAAUGCGGCCACCCGUCAUCACCAGCGCCAACAUCACCACAUGGCCGCCUAUAACGCGGCCACCCCGUCACCACCAGGCCAUGCAUAACGCGUUCCUGAGCUAUAAUGCAAUUGAUCAGUUUUCUAUUUGAAUUUUUGUGACAUUCUAUUCUCACGUCAAGCUGGUGUGUACGUGUAACUGCUGCACACGUCAAGCUGGUGUGUACGUGUAACUGCUGCACACGUCAAGCU